GAUAAGUCUUUUGUAGCUUCAGAAAAAGAGAGAGAGAGAGUAGAGUCGCGAAGUGUGUGUCAAUGGCGUCUGUAGCUUCUUCAACCACUCUCAUCUCUUCUCCCUCUUCUAGGGUGUUUCCAGUAAAGUCUUCACUUUCCUCUCCAUCUGUAUCUUUCCUUCGAACCCUUUCUUCUCCUUCCGCAUCUGCUUCUCUCCGGUCCGGGUUUGCUCGGCGCUCUUCCCUCAGUUCCAGUUCUCGCCGGAGCUUGGCUGUCAAGGCCCAGGCCGCCGAUCUUCCACCACUGGUUGGAAACACGGCUCCUGAUUUCGAGGCAGAGGCUGUCUUCGAUCAAGAGUUCAUCAAGGUUAAGCUCUCUGAGUACAUUGGGAAGAAGUAUGUGAUUCUCUUUUUCUACCCUUUGGACUUCACUUUCGUCUGCCCAACAGAGAUUACUGCCUUCAGUGACCGGUACUCAGAAUUUGAGAAGUUGAACACAGAAGUAUUAGGUGUCUCUGUCGAUAGUGUGUUCUCGCAUCUUGCCUGGGUCCAAACAGACAGGAAAUCUGGAGGUCUUGGUGAUCUGAACUAUCCUCUUGUUUCAGAUGUCACUAAAUCGAUCUCGAAAUCUUUUGGAGUGCUCAUCCAUGAUCAGGGAAUAGCACUGAGAGGCCUCUUCAUAAUCGACAAGGAAGGAGUGAUCCAACAUUCAACCAUCAACAAUCUUGGUAUUGGCCGAAGUGUUGAUGAGACUAUGAGAACCCUCCAGGCGUUACAGUACAUCCAGGAAAACCCGGAUGAGGUCUGCCCAGCGGGAUGGAAGCCGGGUGAGAAGUCAAUGAAACCCGACCCGAAACUCAGCAAAGAGUACUUCUCUGCUAUCUAGGAACUCUACUAUGAUAGCAAAAAGGUACAAAUCUUUGUUAUAUGUGAGCAGAGUUUUUUUUCUUGUACGCUAAAACAAUCCUUUGUUUGAUUCUCACUUCGUCAUCAAAACUAUAUAAUAAAACCUUUUUCCGUUAAUGAAGGAGUCGUAUUGUGUUAA